UUUUUGAUUGGGUUAAAGUCUCUGAUUAGGUUUUUUGGUCAAGAUAGGAAAAACUUGAGUGAUGGAUAGUGAUUCAACUAAGAGGCCCCAAUUUGGAAACCGUCAUUUAACAGAAGAAAAUAAUGUUUUCGAGCAUAAUGCAUGGUAUGAUAAAAUUUACUCAUAAAAGGUAUUGUUAUGCGUUCACAAAAUACAGAAAGAAACCUAAGUAUGGGUCAAGAUUCUUGAAAGACAGAACGCAGAUAUACGAAUUCAAUGCAUGGGAUGACGUUGAGUGGGAUGAGGACCAGAAGAAAGAAGCACAAAAAAUAGUCACCCAAAAUGGCAAAAUCACAUUGCCAAAAGAAGCUAUAGACAAGUAUGACAUUGAAGCAAACCUGUACUGGGAUGCCUUCUACAACAUCCACACUAACCGUUUCUUCAAAGAUCGACACUGGUUGUUCACCGAGUUCCCUGAAUUAUCAGAUAGUACACCUGAAAACCAUAAAAAAAUAUUUGAAAUCGGAUGUGGGGUGGGGAACACAAUUUUUCCCAUUUUACAAUAUUCAAGAAAUGAAAAUUUGUUUGUUUAUGGUUGUGACUUUUCCGAAACAGCUAUUAAUAUAUUGAAAGAAUCUAAGGAGUACGAUACAAAAAGAUGUGAAGUAUUUGUGGAAGAUGCUUCAAAGGAUACUUGGGAUGUUCCUUUUGAAGAAAAUAGUAUUGAUAUUAUUGUACUAAUAUUUGUGCUAUCCGCUUUGAAACCAGAGAGGUUUCAGAGUGUUGUGGAUAAUAUUUAUAAAUAUUUGAAACCUGGGGGUGUGGUUCUGUUUCGAGACUACGGCAGAUAUGAUUUGGCACAGCUGAGAUUCAAACCUGGAAAGUGCCUUUCAGAGAAUUUCUAUGUAAGAGGAGAUGGAACAAGAGUUUAUUUCUUCUCACAAGAGGAAAUCCGGUCGUUGUUUAACGAUUCAAGGUUUGUAGAAGAAGAAAAUAGAACGGACAAGAGGCUGCAAGUGAAUAGAGGUAGAUUGUUGAAAAUGUAUAGGGUUUGGAUCCAAGCUAAAUAUAAAAAAAUUUAAGGUA